AUGAGGGCGCUUGUGUUUGCUCUCACUGUGGCCCUUGUGGCUGCCAACCAAUUAAGCUUUUCUCCAGAGUUUGCUGUCGGAAAGACCUAUGAAUACAAGUAUGAAGCACAUCUUCUGGGUGGUCUGCCUGAAGAGGGUCUGGCAAGGGCUGGAGUGAAAAUCCAGAGCAAAGUCUGGAUCAGUGCAACAACUCCUGACUCCUAUGUUCUGAAACUCGUGGACCCUGUCAUCUACGAGUACAGUGGGAUCUGGCCUAAAGAGGCUUUCCGUCCGGCCACCAAGCUCACCACAGCCUUGGGUGCUCAGCUCCUUGCACCCAUCAAGUUUGAAUAUGCCAACGGUGUAGUCGGUAAACUGUUUGCACCCGCAGGCAUCUCUGUCACUGUGCUGAAUAUCUACAGGGGAAUACUCAACAUCCUUCAGCUGAACAUCAAGAAGACUCAGAAUGUGUACGAGCUGCAGGAGCCUGGAACUCAGGGUGUGUGCAAGACCCACUAUGUCAUCAGUGAGGAUCCUAAAGCUGACCGAAUCCAUCUGACGAAGACCAAGGACCUGAAUCACUGCCAGGAAAGAAUCAUUAAGGACAUCGGCUGGACAGGUUACACAGAGAAGUGUGCUGAGUGUGAGGCUAGAGGAAAAACUAUGAAGGGAGCAUCUGCAAUAAACUACAUCAUGAAGCCCUCUGCUUCUGGUACCCUGAUCUUGGAAGCAACUGCGACAGAGCUUAUUCAGUACUCACCGAUCAAUAUCCUGAAUGGUGCCGCUCAAAUGGAAGCUAAGCAAAUCCUGACCUUCUUGGACAUCAAGAAGAACCCAGUGGAGCCCAUCAGAGCUGACUACCUUCCCCGUGGAUCCCUGCAGUACGAGUUUGGAAGUGAACUCCUGCAGACACCAGUCCAGCUUAUGAGGAUAACCAACACUGAGGCUCAGAUUGUUGAGACCCUGAACCACCUCGUAACCCUCAAUGUGGGCAAGGCCCACGAAGAGUCGCCCCUGAAAUAUAUUGAGCUCAUCCAGCUAAUGCGUGUGGCCAGAUAUGAGAGUAUUGAAGGCCUCUGGACUCAGUUCAAAGCUAGAGAAGACUAUCGACACUGGGUGCUAAAUACUAUCCCAGCCAUCGGUACUCACGUUGCUCUUAAGUUCAUCAAGGAGAAGUUCAUUGCUGGUGAUUUGACUCAACUUGAAGCUGGUGAAGCUCUGAUGUCAUCGUUACAGAUGGUGACCCCUGACCUGGAGGCCAUCAAACUUGUAGAGGGCUUGGCUAUGACCCCCAAGAUAAAAGAAAACCCUGUUUUGCUUGAGAUUGCCAUGUUGGGAUUCGGCAGUAUGGUCUAUAAAUACUGUGUAGAAUACCCUUCUUGUCCAUCUGAGCUUGUGAGGCCUGUACACGAAAUCAUCAUCAGAGCUCUUGAGAGACGUGACUAUGAUGGAGUCAUUUUGGCUCUCAAAGUUCUGGGUAAUGCAGGACAUCCUGGCAGUCUGAAGCCAAUCAUGAAGCUCCUACCUGGCUUUGGGAGCUCUGCCAUCAGUCUCCCCCACAGAGUUCAUAUUGAGGCAGCCUUGUCCCUCAGAAAAAUUGCGAAGAAGGAGCCCAAAUUGGUCCAGGACAUGGCUGUUCAGCUAUUCAUGUACAAGACUCUCAACCCAGAACUUCGUAUGAUUGCUGCCAUCGUUCUCUUCGAGACGAAGCUGCCCAUGGGUCUGGUCACUACACUCGCUCAGAGCAUCUUGAAAGAAUCAAACCUGCAGGUCGCUAGUUUCAUCUACUCUUACUUGAAGGCCCUUACCAAGACCACAUCCCCUGACCAUUCUUCUAUAGCUGCUGCUUGUAAUGUUGCUGUGAGGAUCCUCAGCCCCAAAUACGAGAGACUGAGCUACCGCUACAGCAGAGCUUUCUAUUAUGAUGCCUAUUACAAUCCUUGGAUGGUGGGAGCUGCUGCCAGUGCUUACUACAUCAAUGAUGCAGCAACGGUUUUGCCAAGAACUUUGAUGGCGAGAGCUCGUACUUACCUGGCUGGAGCUUAUGUAGAUGUUGUGGAGGUUGGUGUGAGAACUGAAGGUGUCCAGGAGGCCCUUUUGAAAAUCCGUGACACCCCAGAGAGUGCAGACAGAAUCACCAAGAUGAAACAAGCCAUUAAAGCUUUUUCUGAAUGGAGAGCUCAGCCUUCAAGUCAACCUCUGGUUUCUGCAUACGUGAAAGUACUUGGACAUGAAAUUGCAUUUGCAAACAUUGAUAAAGCAAUGGUUGAACAGAUUAUUCAGUAUGCAAACAGAGCUGACAUCCGCACUUAUGGAAGAAAAGCUUUGGAUGCUCUCUUGUCUGGUUACGUGCUGCAUUACUCUAAACCCAUGCUUGUUUCUGAGAUUCGUCGAAUCCUCCCCACCUCUGUCGGUUUACCCAUGGAGCUCAGUCUCUAUACUGCUGCAGUGGCAGCUGCAACUGUCGAUGUACAAGCAACUGUGUCACCACCUCUGCCUAAGAACUUCCCUCUCACCCAGCUCCUGAAGUCUGAUAUUUCUCUGAAGGCUGCAAUUGCUCCAAGUGUUUCCAUGCACACCUAUGCAGUCAUGGGUGUGAAUACUGCUUUCAUCCAGGCUGCUUUGGUGUCAAAAGCCAAAGUUCACACAGUUGUUCCUGCAAAGAUAGCAGCAAGGCUGGACCUGAUUAAGGGCAACUUCAAGAUCCAGCUCCUGCCUGUUCAGGGGGUUAACACGAUUGCAUCUGCACUUGUUGACACUUUUGCUGUCUCAAGAAAUGUGGAAGAUCUUGCAGCUACCAAAAUAACACCAAUUGUCCCAGCUGAACCUAUAGAUGCAAUGUCAUGGCAGAACUUCACCUCAAGGAAUUCUAGCAUGUUAUCCUCUCUUGAGUCAGCUUCAUCUGAAAUCAUUUCCGCUGACCUGCCAAGACAAUUUGCCAGAAAGAUGAAACUCUUCAAAGGCUAUGUGAAGAAAAUGUGUGCUGCAAGUUACACAUUUGGAAUCAAAGCCUGUGCUGAGAUUGAGUCUCGCAAUGCUGCCUCACUGAGAAAAAGUCCAAUCUACGCUGCAGUGGGAAAACACUCUGUUUAUGUAAAGGUUUCUCCAGCUGCUGGACCAGUUAUUGAAAUGAUUGAAAUCGAGGUUCAGGUUGGAGAAAAAGCAGCAGAAAAGAUCCUUAGAGUAGUUAACCUGAGUGAAGAGGAGGACGUCCUCGAGGACAGAAAUGUCCUCAUGAAACUGAAGAGGAUUCUGGUUCCUGGCCUGAACAAUAGCACAGCAUCUUCCUCCAGCUCCAGCAGCUCAAGGUCGACCAGUUCUCGGUCCAGCAGCUCCUCAUCCAAGUCGUCCUCCAGCUCCUCUUCUCGCCGCGAAAACACGUUAGUUGAUUUUAUUGGUUCCCUCAUCAAGACAUCCUCCAGCAGUUCAAGCAGCUUGUCCAGCAGACAGUCAUCUCUUCAGUCUAGCUCCAGGUCCCUGUCAAAGAAAGUACUGUUUGAAAUGAACUUUGCUAAGAACCACAUCCACCAGCAUUCAGUCUCCAUUGAACGUGUCAACAGCAGCAGCAGUGCCUCCAGCUUUGAAGCUAUCUACAAUAAGGCUAGGUACCUCUCUAACACCAUCUCUCCUGCUGUUACCGUUCUGAUCCGUGCUAUAAGAGCUGACCACAAGAACCAGGGAUACCAGAUUGCAGCUUACUAUGACAAAGAAAAUGCCAGAGUGCAAGUCAUCUUCGCCAACUUAACUGCCAGUGACAAAUGGAAUAUCUGCGCUGAUGGUGUUAUGUUGAGUCACCAUAAGCUGAUGGCCAGGCUUACCUGGGGAAUUCAAUGCAAGCAAUACAACACAACAAUCAUAGUUGAAACUGGUGCUGUGGAAAAACAACCUGCAGUCCGUGUGAAACUGAUGUGGGAAAGACUCCCCAAGAUCAUGACGACAUAUGCAAGGAGGAUUUCUGAGUAUCUUUCCCGUGUCGCUGUGGAACAUGGAGUAAACCAGACAAAGAUCAAUAAUGUCCCAAAACAGAUUAAACUGACUGUAGCUGUCGCCAACGAGACAAGCCUGAAUGUUGUGCUGAAGACACCAAAUAGUACACUUUACAAGCUUGGACUGGCUCUUCCCAUGUAUCUGCCUCUUGGAUACACUGCUGCUGAGUUGGAAGCUUAUCCAAACAGCUGGACGGACAAGUUCUCAUACAUGCUCACCAAGGCCGGUGCAGCUGAGUGCGCCAUGAUUAACAACAAAAUGAUCACAUUCAACAAGAGGAAUUAUAAAACCGAGACUCCACACUCAUGCUACCAGGUCUUGGCUCAGGAUUGCACAUCAGAACUCAAAUUCAUGGUUCUGCUAAAGAAGGACCAAGCACAGGAACAGAAUGAGAUCAAUGUCAAGGUUGAAAACAGUGACAUCGACUUGUACGCCCAGGGCAGUGUUGUCAUGGUGAAGGUUAAUGGAGUAGAAAUCCCUGCCAACAACUUGCCAUAUAUGGAUCCAGCAGGCUACUUACAAAUCAGACAGAGAAGUGAGGGUGUGUCUGUCCAUGCUCCAAGCCAUGGCCUUCAGGAAGUCUUCUUCAGUUUCAGCUCGCUGAAGAUUAAAGUUGCGGACUGGAUGAGAGGUCAGACUUGUGGACUCUGUGGAAGGGCUGAUGGUGAAGUUAAACAGGAGUACCGUACACCCAAUGAGCGGGUAUCCAAGAAUGCAACCAGCUUCGCUCAUUCCUGGGUUCUGUCUGGAAGCAGCUGCCGCGAUACAUCCGAAUGUUACAUGAAGCUUGAAUCUGUGAAACUGGAGAAGCAGAUGACCUUCCAAGGUGAGGAGUCCAAGUGCUACUCUGUCGAACCCGUGCUGCGCUGUCUUCCUGGCUGCAUGCCAGUGAGAACCACCCCUGUCACCGUUGGUUUCCAUUGCGUGCCCAUUGGUUCAUAUUUGAACAGCAAUGAUGGUCUGAGCAGUAUCUACGAGAAGAGCAUCGACCUGAGGGAGACAGCAGAAGCCCAUCUGUCGUGCCGUUGCACUGCUCAGUGUGCUUAAACUCUUUCUAUCAUGUUGC